AUGUUCGCUACCGUCCGCCGUCUACCCCUAGUUCGUCCAGUCGCCGGUCGACGUCUGUUCCACGCCUCAGCACCUGCAUUCGUCAAUGUCGGUGACAAGCUGCCCAGCGUUGACCUCGUCGAGGGUUCGCCAGGUAACAAGGUGAACCUGGCCAACGAGUUGUCCGGAAAGGGUGUGAUUAUCGGCGUUCCGGCUGCCUUCUCGCCCUCGUGCUCUGAGAACCACAUCCCGGGCUACAUCAACUCCUCCAAGCUGAAGGAUGCCGGCAAAGUCUUUGUUGUCUCUGUGAACGACCCUUUUGUCAUGAAAGCAUGGGGCAAGAUGCUUGAUCCAUCUGGCUCCAGCGGUAUCCGCUUCCUCGGUGACCCCAGCCUGAGCUUCACAAAGGCCCUUGACCUCUCUUUCGACGGUGCAUCCAUCUUCGGAGGUGACCGCUCCAAGCGAUAUGCCUUGGUCAUCGAAAACGGUGCCGUCAAAGCAGCGCACGUUGAGCCUGAUAACACAGGCUUGAAUGUCUCUGCGGCAGACAAGGUUCUAUAG